UUUCGACUUCUAUUGCUAUUUGCUGCCGUGAAUAAUAUUUCCAUCAAUAAUUAUUGUUUUGUAUAAAUUGUAAUAUUUGCAGUUAUCAUUACAGUUUGGAAGGAAAGCCUACUAAAUAAAUCUCGACAAACAAUAAUUGAUGUGUGUUCUAAAGACAUCAAAUUAAAAACCGCAUAAAAUAUGCACAAGAUUUGUAAAUAAGUAUUCUACUGAUAUUUUAAUAAUCAAACAAUAUGUGGUCAUUUUUCUCGAGAGAUCCUACAAAGGAUUUUCCUUACGAAAUUGGGGACCCUGUUUCGGGGCUUGACGAUAAAAGUGUAUGGACAUUACACAAAGGAAAGAAGAGGGGAACUCAAGAUGAAGUGUCUAUAUUCCUAUUCGAUGUUCAAAAGCAUUCUGAAACAUUAUUUGAUAUAGCUAAGGCGUCAUUAAAACGUCUGAAGACUAUAAGGCAUCCCAGUCUAUUACAUUACUUAGAUAGCUGUGAAACAGAUAAAUUUUUGUAUGUUGCAACUGAAUAUGUUCAGCCUUUAGCAACUCAUAUAGAAGAAAUGAAACUGGAAGGACAACAACGGGAACUAUUUCUAUCAUGGGGAAUUUUUCAAAUUACUAGAGCAUUAUCAUUUUUCAAUAAUGAUGGCAAUAUCAAACACAACAAUGUAUGUUUAUUCUCUGUGUUUGUAACCGCUGCUGUGGAAUGGAAGCUAGGUGGUUUCGAAUUUAUAACAAGCCAUGGACAGGAAGGUGCUAACAUUAUACCAAUUAAAAUACUACCAGCAUUGGAAAUUUAUGAUCUACCGGAGAAAAACGAUCCUACUAAAAUUAAGGCAGUUACCAAAUGCUCUUCUGAUAUGUGGGGUCUGGGCUGUCUCAUUUGGGAGGCAUACAAUGGUCCACUAAAAAAUCAACCAUCACUCAAAUGUGUUGAUAAAAUUCCAAAACAGCUAUGCACAUUAUAUUGUGAAUUAGUCAGUGCAAAUCCUGCUUCAAGGCCGAAUCCAGCUGAUAUUAUUACAAGGUGUCGUAAAAUAGGAGGCUAUUUCAAAAACGAUUUGAUAGAUACAAUGUUGUUCUUAGAAGAAAUACAAAUUAAAGACAAGGCUGAGAAGGGGAGGUUUUUCUCAACGCUCGGCAGUCAUCUGGACAGUUUUCCGGAGGCUGUGUGUGUUCAUAAGAUUUUGCCUCAGUUGAUGACUGCGUUCCAUUAUGGUGAUGCUGGCGCUGCUGUGUUGGGUCCAAUGUUUAAGUUAGGAAAGCUACUGGAAGAUGCGGAAUAUCAAAAACAGAUUGUGCCAUGUGUAGUGAAACUUUUUGCGUCCAAUGAUCGAACUACACGGUCAAGACUGUUGCAACAACUUGAUCAGUUUAUUUUGCACCUGCAAAAUUCUACCGUAAAUGACCAAAUCUUUCCACAAGUCAUUCACGGAUUUUUGGAUACAAACGCUGUUAUAAGAGAGCAAACUGUGAAAUCGAUAGUUCAUUUAGCUCCAAAACUUAAUUAUAACAAUUUGAAUGUAGACGUACUAAGACAUUUUGCUAGACUACAAUCUAAGGAUGACCAAGGAGGUAUUAGAACGAAUACAACAGUAUGUUUAGGUAAAAUAGCCGCCCAUUUGCACCCGCAAAUUCGACAAAAAGUAUUAGUAUCUGCCUUCGUGCGGGCAACCCGGGAUUCUUUCCCGCCAGCGAGACAAGCGGGUGUGCUUGCUUUGGCGGCAACACAACAAUACUUCCUUUUAUCUGAAGUUGCUAACAGAGUGUUGCCAGCUUUAUGUCCACUUACUGCUGAUCCAGAAAAACAGGUUCGUGACGCAGCUUUUAGGACUAUCAAAGGUUUUCUUGGUAAAUUAGAAAAAGUUUCAGAGGAUCCUAGCCUUAAAGAAGGAAUGGAGGCGGACGUGCACACAGCUACGCCGUCACUUAGCAACGCGGCCGCCACGUGGGCGGGAUGGGCGGUCACAGCUGUCACGGCUAAGUUCUACCGUUCGCAUUCUGACACGGCUAAAGUGCAGCAUCCGACUAAAUCUGCACUCUCUAAACCGGGCUCGCUGGAACAACCAUCGUCAAGUAGUAUGUCGACAACGACGUCCUCUGUGACAUCGAUGACGUCACUGGAACACAGUGAAUCUGCGUCUGACUACGAUCCCGAACAUUGGGACAUGACUGCGUGGGGCGAAAUCGAUUCUAGUGCGGGUACAACAGGAGGCAGCGGUAAGUCAGGCGCGAGCAGUGCUCAAGGCACCGGCGGGUUGGCGGCGCUGUGCGAAGAUGACUGGGAUAACGAGGAGUGGGGCGAACUGCAGGAACAACCCGCGGCAGAAGCGGAACUAGCCAGCCCGUCGGAAACGUGGAACAACUCGGACUGGAGCCAGCCGAUACUGAACGCGAACGCGACGUUCGUGCGCAACACGCCGCGGCUCGAGCACCGGCCGGCCGCUAUACAGAACAGCAACGACUCGCUCGGCGGAUGGGAGGACGGCGAGUUCGAGCCCAUCGAGGAGAACGCUGAUGAAAACAACGCCUCCAAAAUGGAUGAAAUGCGUCGCAAACGCGAAGAGAGGAAGCUACAGCGACAACGCGAAAUGGAAGCAAGGCGGAACGCACGUGGGCAAGGGCCCAUGAAACUAGGAACUAAAAUAACCACCCCGCCCCCACCCUUUUAGCUACCGGACCUUAUUGAACACAGUGAAACGAAAUUUUCAUGAACUCUAAAAAACAUUGUGUUAAUAAAAUUGGCCUGCUUACGUGACAGCGGCCGGCGUAAUAUAAAUGUACGAAAAAUCGAA